AUGACUGAAUAUCAAUCUCUUACGAAUCUUAUCAAACGUUUAGAAGCCGCCACUUCUCGUCUUGAGGAUUUGGGUACCUCUUCUGCUGCUGCUAAUAAUUUAAGUCGCACUUCGGCUGGUGGUCAACCUUCUGCACCUUCACUUGUCUCUUCGCAAAGCAAUGACGCGGUUGGUGGAGAAGUUCCUCCCACUCUUGCUGCUUAUGACGAACUAAUUGAGGGUCCCUUAAAAAAUUUCCUUGAACUUUCAAAGGUGAUUGGUGGUAUUGUUGAAGACCAGAGCCACGCAGUUGAAGAUCUCUUCAUCGCACAGCGCGAUUAUAUUUAUAUAACCACUCAAAGUUCAAAACCAAACACCGAAACCAUUUUGGAGUUAAUCAAACCUACUCAACAAUCUCUUGAAAAGGUUGUUGACUAUAAAGAGAAAAAUCGUCCUUCUCCUUUCUUUAAUCACUUAUCCACCGUUAGCGAAGGUAUUGGCGCGUUAGGUUGGGUUACUUUUGAAGAAAAGCCUGCACCAUUUGUUGGGGAAUUGAGAGAUAGUUCUCAAUUCUAUGCACAUCGUGUAAUCAAAGAAUUUAAAGACAAGGAACAAUCUCAAUCCCAUGCUGAUUGGGCCAAUAGUUUUGUUUUUUUGUUGACGGAACUUCAGAAUUAUAUCAAGAAAUGUCAUAUGACUGGUCUUGUCUGGAAUCCAAAGAAUUUUAUUGGAAGAAAACCUGCUUCUCCUUAUUCGUCCAAUAUAUCUCCACCAUCUGCUCCUCCGAGAGGCAAAGUUGAUAUGAGUUCCGUGUUUGCAGAACUUAAUAAAGGAGAGGAAAUUACUUCCGGCUUGAAAAAAGUUGACAAGAAUCAAAUGACACACAAAAAUCCUAGUUUGAGAGUCAGCAGUGUUGUUUCUGAUACUGGAGCAAAAAAGAAAGCAAUUAAAGGACCUGCCGCUCCACCGAAACCAGCUUCGUUGUCUCUUAAAAAACCACCGAAAAAGACUUUAAUUGGCAAUAAAUGGAAUAUA